GAUGAAUUUUUAAUCGAUUAUUGGUAUAAUUAAAAUCGAUUUUCGCCGUCCGCCGCGGCUUUUUUUUUCGUUAUUGUAAUCGGUUCGUAAUUUGAAAUUCUUUUGGGUAAAAUAAAAUGGCAUUAAGUUCCUUGUCUCCGUCGAAUAUGCUUGGUGAGCUAGGUCGUCUUGCGAACUGGCUGAAAGGAGAUUGCGUUGCACCAGAAGAGUUUGCCGGUCUUGCCGUCACUGAAAAGUUGGAGAAUGUUCAACUACUGGACAAAUACAACGUAAGAAAUCCAUCAAAAGGCACAUUGUACUUCGCGACAACGCAUCUCAUAUUCGUCGAUCAUGAUAUGAGAAAAGAGACAUGGAUACUUCUAAUGCAUAUAUCGUCAGUAGAGCGGUUGCCCAUCACCACGACGGGUUCGCCGUUGCUAGUACGCACAAAGACAUUCCAAUCGGUAUUCUUCGUAAUCCCGAGGGAACGGGAUUGUCAUGAAAUGCAUCAGACUUUGCUACGACUCAGUCAACCAGUUCAUAUAGAGGAGCUGUACUGUUUUCACUACAAAUCAACUCCCGACGACCUGCCCAAGUCAGCCGGCUGGAACUUCUUCGACAUCCAGACUGAGUACCAGCGGAUGAAUGUUCCUAACGAGCACUGGGUGCUAUGCAAUGCUAACAGGGAUUACGAGUUGUGUGACACGUACCCGAGCGAGGUGUACGUGCCGGCGCGCGCGAGUACGGCGGUGCUGUUGGGCAGCGCCAGCUUCAGGUCUCGAGGUCGACUGCCAGCUCUCGCCUACCUGCAUCACAACAAGGCGGCGAUUGCGCGAUGCAGUCAGCCGCUCAGUGGAUUCUCUGCAAGAUGUAUGGAAGAUGAACAGAUGCUGGAUCUAAUUAGACGAGCAAACCCAAACUGUGGUUAUAUGUAUGUGGUAGACACGAGGCCUAGGAUCAACGCUAUGGUAAAUCGCGCGGCGGGCAAAGGAUAUGAGAACGAGGCGUUUUACGAAAAUAUCAAGUUCCAGUUUAUGGGCAUCGGCAACAUACAUGUCAUGAGAAAGAGUUUGCAGAAACUCGUCGAAACUUGCGAACAGAACACACCCUCUAUGUCAUCGUUCCUGAGCGGCUUAGAGUCCUCAGGCUGGUUGAAGCAUAUAAAGUCGAUACUGGAGACAUCUUGGUGGAUAGCUAACGCGGUGUCUAGCGGGGUGAGCGUGUGCGUGCACUGCAGUGACGGCUGGGACCGCACCGCGCAGGCGUGCUCGCUCGCCGCGCUGUGUCUGGACCCGCACUAUCGUACUAUUAAUGGAUACCAGGCACUAAUAGAGAAGGACUGGUUAUCGUUUGGUCACAAGUUCGCGGCGCGCUGCGGCCACGUGGCGGGCGACAGUCGGGAGCGCGCGCCUGUCUUCACACAGCUGCUCGACUGCACCUGGCAGAUGUUCCGCCAAACACCACAGGCAUUCCAAUUUAAUGAAAGGUUUUUGCUGACGUUACAUGACCACGCACACGCCUGUCAAUAUGGUACAUUUAUUGGCAACUGUCAGAAAGAUAGACGGGAUCUAAGGUUGUCAGAGCGUACGUUCUCACUGUGGGGCUACAUGGCGAGUCACCUGAGCGAGUACAAGAACCCCCUCUACAACCCUAAGGCGCACCCCGACCUGCUCAAACCUGACCUCAGCGCACAGAGUAUACGUUUCUGGCGCGGCAUGUACUGCCGGCACGAGGGCGGGGUACAUCCUCGUGAGCCACUCGCAGACCUGCUGCCCGCCGCCGUGCAACAUGCCUCUGCACUCGACUAUCAUAUCAACUACCUCGCUAAGAGAAUUUCGACGUUCAAGAACCUUUUGUCCGGUAGAAAAACAGAAAAGAACAGAGAGAAAGACUCUACAGUUGUCAAUUAUCAAAAUGGUGGCAUUGACACUGUUGACAUUGAAACUAAAACUGAAACCCUGCAGAUUGACAACAAGUUACUAUACGAGUCCAGUGGCGGCCUCUCGGAGUUAGAGUGCGCUAACCAUGAUCAUCCUCUCAAGGAAGCUGCGCCUGCUCAGAAACCCACCAACAUACCACUUAUCACUGAGAGGGUGGAGGAGUCAGUACCGGCGAGUUUAGCGGCACUGGAAAGCGAGGUGCACUCGGUGGCGCUGGACUGGAAGAGCCUCAAGAAUGUCACCGAGUGCAGCUGCUCCACGCCGCUGGAUCACUACAGCAGGAAGCACCACUGUUGGGGUUGUGGGCAUUGUGUGUGUACUCGCUGCGUGUGUCGUCGUGCCCCCCUCCCCGGACUGGCCGCACCACGCCAGGCCCCGCUCUGUGCCGCCUGCGCCCCCACCACGCCAGAUGUGGUAACACCAGCCAAUUAGAAAAUAAUA